AUGGCUGGUCUUAAAGCAUUUGAAUUACGUACUAAAUCUAAGGAACAAUUAGAAACUCAAUUAGUUGAAUUAAAACAAGAAUUAGCUAACUUAAAAGUUCAAAAAUUAUCAAAACCAUCAUUACCAAGAAUUCACACUGUUAGAAAAAACAUUGCUAAAGUUUUAACUAUCAUCAACUUAAACCAAAGAGAUAAUGUUAAAGCUUUCUACGCUGGUAAAAAAUACAUUCCAAAAGAUUUAAGAGCUAAAAAAACUAGAGCUAUCAGAAGACAAUUAACCAAAUUCGAAGCUACCAGAAUCACUGAUAAAGCUAGAAAACAAAAAAUUAGUUUCCCAAAAAGAACUUAUGCUAUCAAAGCUUAA